CAUGGUCACGUGGUAUAGUCACUGAGGCGGAAAUGAAAGUUCAGUAGCGACGGCGGCGGAGCACAGCUAAAAAGAGCUGUGAUGACAUGGCAGCCGCCAGUGUGAGCAGAGCUGGCUUAGCCCAGACCCCUGAGAAGUCUCAGCUGAUCCUGAAAGUGGUGUCGGCGAAGCCUCAGUCCCCGAAGCUGCCGAACCGUCACUCUCGCCUCAGCUCCUUCGUCGAGGUGACGGCCGACGGCCUGAGCAGCGAAACCAAAAAAACAGGCAAACGCAGCGGCCACCUCGAGCUGCAGUGGAAUGAAGACCUCACCCUUAAUGUGACGCCUCAGAGUCGUCUGGACCUGAAGCUGUGGAGCUGCCACACUUUGAGGAAGGAGCUUCUGGGCAGCGCCACCAUCGACCUGCUGGACACACUGCGCACACACGACGGCAAGAUGGAGAACGUCCAGCUGAGUCUGGUGCUGCAGACGGAGAACAAAGGCUCGGUUGUAGCGGGAGGCGAACUCAACGUCUGUCUGGACGGCAUGGUUGUUGAUCUGGGCUCGUUGCCCAAUGGCAGCGCGGCAGCAGACAAGAUACUUCAGUCAGAGAGACCCAACCUGAGGAGGACCCAGAGUGAGGAGACCCCCAGUGCAGCAGGACCCCUCAGCAGGAGCAACAGGCACUCUGUGGGGGGGUCUCAGGGCGACUCCCCGGGGGGCACCCGAGGCACCUCCCUGACUAACGGAGACGUGGCUGAGGAGCAGCAGACCCCCGGGCCGGGCUCCUCAGGACGCCGCCGGUCCUCCAAGAGUCACGGUAGCCCUGGAAACAACACAGAUAAAGUCGAGUUGACGUCUAACGGGCUGGAGAACAAUCGUGGGGGCGUCGCCCGUCCUCCAUCGUCGCCGUCGGGCAGAUCUCCGGCCGCCAGCAGCAGCAACGGCAGCAGCCCCUCCCCGGGUCAGGACGCCCUGGGUCCAGCCGAGCCCAACACCACCACCGCCCCCACAUCCACCUCCACCUCCGCCCCCACCACCACCACCACCACCACCACCUCCAGCACAGAGCCAGGAGGAAACAGCAGCGCAGAGCCCCCCACAGAAUCACUCCCGGCCGGCUGGGAGCAGAGGGUGUUGCCUCAUGGCCGAGUGUACUACGUCGACCACAACACCAAAACCACAACCUGGGAGAGACCGCUGCCUCCAGGCUGGGAGAAGCGAGUGGACCAGCGGGGCCGGUUCUACUACGUGGACCAUAACACCAGAACCACCACAUGGCAGAGGCCCACGGCCGAGUCGGUGCGAAACUACCAGCAGUGGCAGAGCCAGCGAAACCAGCUCCAGGGCGCCAUGCACCAGUUCAGCCAGCGCUUCCUCUACCAGCCGUCUGGUGCUCUGGUGGAAAAUGACCCUCUUGGCCCUCUGCCUCCUGGAUGGGAGAAGCGACAGGACAAUGGCAGAGUUUACUUCGUCAACCACAACACCAGGACGACGCAGUGGGACGAUCCCCGGACCCAAGGGAUGAUCAAGGAGCACCCCCUGCCCCCGGGCUGGGAGAUGAAGUACACCGCCGAGGGAGUCCGAUAUUUUGUGGACCACAACUCGCGCACCACCACCUUUAAAGACCCCAGACCCGGGUUUGAGUCAGGGUCACGACAGGGCGGUUCACCCGGCGCCUACGACCGCAGCUUCAGGUGGAAAUACCACCAGUUCCGUUUCCUGUGCCAUUCCAACGCUUUGCCGAGUCACGUGAAGAUCAACGUGUCCAGACAGACGCUGUUCGAGGACUCGUUUCAACAGAUCAUGAACGUGAAGCCGUACGAUCUCCGCCGCCGACUCUACAUCAUCAUGCGAGGGGAGGAGGGGCUGGACUACGGCGGCAUCGCCAGGGAGUGGUUCUUCCUCCUGUCCCAUGAAGUCCUGAACCCCAUGUACUGUCUGUUCGAAUACGCCGGCAAGAACAACUACUGCCUGCAGAUCAACCCGGCGUCCUCCAUCAACCCCGACCACCUCACCUACUUCCGCUUCAUCGGCCGCUUCAUCGCCAUGGCUUUAUAUCACGGGAAGUUCAUCGACACCGGCUUCACGCUGCCGUUCUACAAACGAAUGCUGGACAAGAAACCGACGCUCAAAGACCUGGAGUCCAUAGACCCCGAGUUUUACAACUCCAUCAUGUGGGUCAAGGAGAACAACCUGGAGGAGUGCGGCGUGGAGCUGUACUUCGCUCAGGACAUGGAGAUUCUCGGGAAGGUUUCCACCCACCAGCUGAAGGACGACGGCGAGAACGAGCUGGUGACCGAGGAGAACAAGGAGGAGUACAUCAGCCUGUUGACGGACUGGAGAUUCACCCGCGGCGUCGAGGAGCAAACCAAAGCUUUUCUGGACGGAUUCAACGAGGUGGUUCCUCUCGAGUGGCUUCGCUACUUCGACGAGAAGGAGCUGGAGCUGAUGCUCUGUGGGAUGCAGGAGAUCGAUUUGGCCGACUGGCAGAAAAACACCAUCUACAGACACUACACCAAGAACAGCAAACAGAUCCACUGGUUCUGGCAGGUGGUGAAGGAGAUGGACAACGAGAAGAGGAUCCGGCUCCUGCAGUUUGUGACGGGAACCUGUCGACUUCCAGUCGGAGGCUUCGCUGAACUCAUAGGAAGUAACGGCCCCCAGAAGUUCUGCAUAGACAAAGUGGGGAAGGAGACUUGGCUUCCGAGAAGCCACACAUGCUUCAACCGCCUGGACCUGCCCCCGUACCGAAGCCUGGAGCAGCUCAGAGAGAAGCUGCUGUUCGCCAUCGAGGAGACGGAGGGUUUCGGUCAAGAGUGACGCUUUUAACCCGACGCAUCGUUUUAGUUUCUGUUAAUCACUGAGAGAGAGAGAGCGACGUUAACGCCAUAAUGUGUAUAUUCAUAUAAAAGGUGUGUUGAUGUGUGUGUUCACAGCUCAACUCUAACCCCGCCCCCUACACACACACACACACACACACACACACACACACACACACACACACACACACACACACACACACACACACAGAACCACCAC